UUCGCCAUUUUGGAAAAGAAUAGAAAUAUUAUAGAGGCGAACUGGGCGCAGGAGAGUGGGGUGAUUACGUAAAAGCCCCCUUUUUCAGACGAGAAAAAGGCGCGUUACUAUUUUGUAUUGUGCUAACAUGUCGUCAGAAAACCAAGAGUCGGAGGCUCAUCUGGAGUCUGGCGAGGAAAAACAGGACUCUCAGGAGAAGGACUCUAACCCACUGAAGUCGGAGGAGGCCAAGCUGAAAGCCAAGUACCCCAACUUGGGACAGAAGCCCGGGGGGUCAGACUUCCUGAUGAAGAGGCUACAGAAAGGGCAAAAGUACUUUGACUCAGGCGACUACAACAUGGCCAAGGCCAAGAUGAAGAAGCAGCUGCCGUCGGCCGCCCCGGACAAGAACCUGGUGACGGGCGACCACAUCCCCACGCCGCAGGACCUGCCACAGAGGAAGUCCUCGCUGGUCACCAGCAAGCUGGCGGGCUAGGGGGAGCCGCCCGACCAUCGCCUAGCAACGACCCCACACCCCACACUCCACCCCCCCGCCCAAAUCUACUCCUUCCCGCCCUGUUCUCCCCACCCCCCGCCCCAUCAUUUCCGCCAGGCUGCGCUUAGACAUCCCGCUUCAUUUUGGGGUUUUUUUUAUUUUUAUUUUUUUUAUUAUUGUGCAGCUCGCUCUCCAGACACCCAGCAUUGGAGGUGGUGCUAUAAUGUACCAGUUCUGGAAAGUCUUGAAGGAGGGGGGGAAUAGUCUUCCUCGUUGGUGACAGUUGGGUGAACUGGGGGUGCUCUAUUUGACGGUUAGGGACGUAUAAUCACUGGAUCGCUUGGGGAGGAAACCCAGCUUUUUGAUGACCGCCAUUUACAAGCCAAAGAUUAGAGCAAGGGCAACAAAGAAAUUCAAAAAUUUGAAUAAUAAUAAUAAUAAUUACAGUCCUUAUUUGUCAUGUUCAGGACUAAAUGAUUCAGAUACUUCAACAGUCGCACCUCUCUCUUUGGGGGGUUUGCCCAAGGAGUCCAUCUCGAUUUGGGUCGUUGACAAGCUUUAUUUUCUGUUUUGAGCAAGGUGCAUGCUUGCAGUUACUGUGUUUUUUCCAGAUGUAGUGGGCUGUAGUUAGCGGCUCUAAAAAGGCACUUAAUUUCUCCUGGUAUCCUUCCACCUUAGUUUUUACCUGGUGGGCCCAUCAGCCCCGCCCCUGUCCCCCUCAUCCCAAGCCGGCCCCCCCAUCCCGAGCCUGCCCCCCCCCCCCACGUACACCUGUACCCAACAUCGCUGCAUAUGAGAAAACAAACAAAACAAAAAAAACUGCAAUGACAAAACAGAACUGUAUCUUGCCGUUAUCUUAUUGGCUGGGACAAAGUGGCAUUCAUUCUUAUUAGUGCUUAUAUUAUUGCUAUGGGUAAACUGGGGAUCCUUUUUUUGUUCUUUUUUUUUUGAUGUCGGUUGUUACCAGAAACCGGUAGAGAUGGCAACACUUGAGCGAUGGAAGCACAUCACGUGUAAUCGCCGUGGUUACGCAGGGGAACGGGAGCAGCGGAACCUCCCCAGGUGUGUUGAGCGAGUGGAAGCCCAGACGGGCUGUUUGGUCUGCGUGCUCUCUGUCGUUUGGUCUGUGUGAAGCCUCCCACUUUCCGACUCGCAUUUAUGUUUUUGUUCUGAAAGGCCACGUAGACGUAACACUCCAGGGCCGUCAGGACGGGAGAAACUUGUGUGAAUGAGGUGACAUACGAGUGGGGAGGGGAGUGCUUUUGAGGGGGGGUAGAUUUUUUUUUUUUUUUUUAAACUGCCUGUCUCAUUUGCAGUUCCGUUCAAUAGAUCAAAUGUCUCUGGCAAGUCACGCAGAGGGUCCUGUGUGUGUGUGUGUGUGUGUGUGUGAGAGUGAGAGUGUGAACUGACAUAAUUUGUGCUCUUUGCUGUUGUAUUUUUUUUACGAGGCCAGCAUUGUAGAACAAUCCUGUGCGGAAUUGUCAGAAAUCUUCCCGGUCUCUCAGUUGGGUGUGCCGGUUCAGCCAAAAGGAAAUGGGUGGUCCAGGAACCUGUUUGGGGGCCUGUGGCUCACCCUGGCCCCCUGGCCUCUGCUCAGAUUCAUGAGCGGGAUCAGGCCGCUGCAAAUGCUGUAGAAUUAACUGUUAGGUAACGGCGUUCCGUGUGAUCCCUUAAUCCCCUCCUGUGUGCCAUUUGCGCGCGCGUGCAGUAGGUGGCGCUGUGACGCUGGUUCUCGAGCUCGCCCGGGGAAAAGAAACGUAAGAACGCAGGAGUCCGAUUGAGGACAGCGGGAUGUUUUUGCAAGAAGAAGAAGAAAAAAAAACAA